UUUCUCUAAGUUCUACAAGCUCCUUUUUAGUUGUAUUCGUAAUUUUGUUUUUUGAGCUAAGAAUGUGGAAUAUUGAAUUGUGUCCGUUAAGAUUUAAAUUUCGUGGAUUCAACUUUUAAUAUUGAAUUCAUUAUAUUUUUAAAGUUAAUGAGUUCAUAUGGACCGUUUGUUAGCAAAUUUAUUGAAUAAAUAUAUGUUGCACGUCGAUUUCAUAUGAACUCGGUACCGGUACCUUAAGCGUGGAUCCCCUGGUGUCAGCUGUUUCAUCUAAAAAGAAAGUUUAAAAGAUUUAUUUUUUAAUUUUUUGGAAUUGUUUGGAGUAAUAUUUAAAAGCUUGAUUACAGGUGUUUUUGCUGCAUCUUGUAAUGUGUAUUGUUAUGCUUAUACGUGCUUGAUGAGAAAGCCGUCUGGUUAAUUUUGAACGAAAAAACGGUGAAAAUUUUGUUGUUGAGACUUGAGAGGAAGUUCUUUUUUUGGAAAAUGGUUGUACGUUCAGCUUCUAUGAGUUACCUCAUGUGUAUCAAUCGUUAAUUCAUGCUUUGUUUUUGGGGAAGAAUUUGAGAGGUACCAGAGGUGAUUUUUGAUCGUGCGUCCAAUUGUUCAUCUUCCUUAGAAAUUGCCACCUCCUAUUUAGCUGAAUUUUCAAGCUUUUUCCAGGGACUUUAUUGAGUUUUGACAAGUAUGUCCUUGGAUUUGCUUUGAAUUUACCAACUUUUCUGAUUAAUAUAUAAAUGGCAGUUCAUUUCAUACGACCAGGUGGAGUGAUACAAGAUUUGAAGUUUGGUUGAAAACUCGCUUUAAAAAUUUGAAUCAAGAUAGAGCAUUGUUCCUCUCCUAGCAAACGGCUAGUGUUUUUCUUGUCUAAUAGCAAGAAGAUGACAGUGACACCUAAGAUUUCGAUCAAUGAUGGAAACCUUGUUGUCCAUGGAAAGACCAUACUGAGGGGAGUGCCUGACAACAUUAUCUUGACUCCUGGAUCGGGUGUUGGGCUUGUUACUGAUGCAUUUAUUGGAGCCACAGCUUCGCAGAGCAAAUGCUUGCAUGUGUUCCCUGUUGGGGUUUUAGAGGAUACUCGGUUCAUGUGUUUAUUCCGUUUCAAGCUGUGGUGGAUGACUCAGAGAAUGGGGACAAGUGGAAAUGAUAUUCCUUUGGAGACCCAAUUCAUGCUUGUGGAGAGCAAAGACACCACCGAGGGUGAGCGUGAAGAUGCCCCAACUAUCUACACUGUCUUCCUACCUCUACUUGAGGGACAGUUCCGUGCUGUUCUUCAAGGCAACGAGAAGAACGAAAUGGAGAUUUGCCUUGAGAGUGGAGAUAAUGCUGUUGAAACCAACCAAGGUCUUUAUCUUGUCUACAUGAAUGCUGGGACCAAUCCCUUUGAAGUCAUUAACCAGGCUGUGAAAUCUGUUGAGCAACACUUGCAAACUUUCCAUCACAGAGAGAAGAAGAAGUUGCCAUCAAGUAUUGAUUGGUUCGGGUGGUGCACCUGGGAUGCCUUUUAUACUGAUGUCACAGCAGAGGGGGUUGAGGAUGGCCUUAGAAGCUUAUCUGAGGGUGGUGUUCGUCCACGUUUCUUGAUCAUUGACGAUGGCUGGCAACAGAUUGGUAAUGAAGCACCCAAGGACGCUAGUUGUGUAGUUCAAGAAGGAGCACAGUUUGCAAACAGGCUAACAGGAAUUAAAGAAAACAAGAAGUUCCAAACGAAAGGCCUGAAGCAUGUAGUGGAGGAAGCCAAGAAACAGCACAAUGUCAAGUAUGUGUAUGUAUGGCAUGCCCUAGCUGGUUACUGGGGUGGGGUACAACCUGCUGGUCCUGGGCUCGAGCACUAUGAAACUGCUUUGGCAUACCCUGUUCAGUCCCCUGGAGUGAUGGGAAACCAACCUGACAUUGUUAUGGACAGUCUUGCCAUUCAUGGCCUGGGUUUGGUGCACCCAAAAAAGGUCUUCAACUUCUAUAAUGAACUACAUGCCUAUCUGGCAUCCUGUGGGGUUGAUGGAGUCAAGGUCGAUGUCCAGAACAUCAUUGAAACACUUGGUGCUGGUCAUGGUGGCAGAGUUUCCUUAACAAGAAGCUAUGUUCAGGCCCUAGAAGCAUCCAUUGCUCGAAAUUUUCCUGAUAAUGGAUGCAUUGCCUGCAUGAAUCAUAAUACUGAUGGGCUCUACAGUUCCAAGCAAACUGCUCUAGUUAGAGCUUCUGAUGAUUAUUAUCCUCGUGACCCAGCUUCUCACACCAUCCAUAUAUCCUGUGUUUGCUACAACUCGCUGUUCUUGGGAGAAUUCAUGCAACCAGAUUGGGACAUGUUCCAUAGUCUUCACCCUACUGCUGAAUACCAUGCUGCAGCUCGAGCAGUUGGAGGAUCACCAAUUUAUGUCAGUGAUAAACCCGGAAAUCACAACUUUGAGCUUCUAAAAAAGCUUGUCCUUCCUGAUGGAUCAGUGCUUCGCGCUCAAUUGCCUGGUCGACCAACUCGUGAUUGCCUAUUUGUUGAUCCAGCUAGAGACGGGACAAGCUUGCUUAAAAUAUGGAACGUGAACAAAUGCACUGGUGUGGUGGGUGUAUUUAACUGCCAAGGUGCUGGCUGGUGCAAGGUCAUAAAGAAGACACGUAUCCACAAUGCAUCUCCUGGAACACUUACAAGUUCUGUCCAAGCCACUGAUGUCGACACCAUUGCUCAGCUCGCUGGCCCUGGUUGGAAUGGGGAUUCUGUAGUCUAUUCUUUUAGAUCAGGGGAAGUAGUUCGCCUACCGAAAGGUGCUUCGCUGCCUGUGACACUUAAAGUUCUUGAAUAUGAAGUAUUCCACUUUUCUCCAGUCAAGGAAAUUGUAACAAACAUCUCUUUUGCUCCAAUUGGGUUGCUAGAUAUGAUCAACAGUGGUGGUGCCAUUGAUCGGUACGAAGUGCAUCUAGCUUCUGAGAAGAAACCCGAGCACCUUGAUGGCGAAAGCCAGUCUCCGACUGCAACAGUAUUACUGAAGGUCAGGGGAUGUGGCCGCUUUGGCGUUUACAUUUCACAGCGACCCCAGAAAUGCUCGGUAGAUGGUGCAAACACCGGCUUUGACUACAACAGUGAAUCAGGAUUGCUGACUCUGAAUAUCCCAGUUCCACUAGAAGAGGAGAUGUAUAGAUGGAAUGUGGAAAUCCAAGUCUGAAAUAUUUAUCAAGGAGAAGUGCUGAAAGCUUUUGUAUUGUGGAGGAAGACUGAUAUGAGGAUUUAGAUCAAGUCUUAUUGAGUAUCAAGUGGGUCUCCUCAGGGAAGAGUCAAGUGUCUCUGUAAUAAAGCUGUAACAGAGCUGUCUGUAUUAUGUUGAAUAUGAAUCCAAUGUUUUCGCUCUCAGUGUAUAUAGUCCUUGACCUAUCAUUUCCUAAUGAAAUAAAUCUUUUGCCAUUGUCCUUCAAAGGUUA